UCCAAAAGUUUAUGAUUAUUCAAAAUGUCGCUUUCUGUUUUGGUAUCAUGUCGCAUUAUAAAAAAUUAGAAAAAUUAUUCAGCAAUCAAUGAAUUACGACUUAUUAAUAGUCUGCUUUUGAAAAUUUAAAAGGAAGGAUAUACCAUAAGAAGUUUCAGCCAUGAAUACGACAGCACCAACAUCGGCAGAUGCAUGCCUCAGCAUUGUGCAUUCACUGAUGUGCCACCGUCAAGGUGGUGAGAGCGAAGGAUUUUCUAAACGAGCCAUUGAAUCUCUGGUCAAGAAGUUGAAAGAAAAACGAGAUGAGCUUGACUCUUUGAUCACAGCUAUAACUACAAAUGGUGCACAUCCUAGUAAAUGUGUUACUAUACAGAGGACUUUAGAUGGGAGAUUACAGGUUGCUGGUCGGAAAGGAUUUCCUCAUGUAAUUUAUGCUCGAAUAUGGAGGUGGCCAGAUUUACAUAAAAAUGAACUGAAACAUGUUAAAUUUUGUCAAUUUGCAUUUGAUUUAAAGUGUGACUCUGUGUGUGUUAAUCCAUACCACUAUGAAAGAGUUGUUUCUCCUGGUAUAGAUUUAUCCGGCUUGUCCCUUCAAUCUGGACCCAGUAGAUUAGUAAAGGACGAGUACACGGCUGGUCUAGGUGGUAACGGUAUGGACAUGGAUACUGGUGAGAUGGUUACCAUACAGCAUCAUGCGACAAGUCCUAGACACCACCAUUCGACAAUACAACAUCACCAUCAACAGUUUCAAACAACUAAUAUUAUUAUGAAUCAAGGACAGACGCCCGAUGGCGUUCCGAGCAUGUUUUCACCGACCCACGGGCCCCGGACGCCGAUCCGGCCUUCGGGUGGUCCAUCCCAGUUACCACCGCCGCCUUCCAUGGGACACUCGCCGAGCGCACAAAUGAUGCAAAAUCACACGGGACAAAUGCCCACACCGCAGAUGGUACCGGGGGCUUCACAACUACGAUCGGGAACGCCCCAAAUGGGACCCGCUACGCCACAAAUGGUCCCCGGAACACCACAGAUGGUGCCCGGUAAUCCGCAAAUGGUACCGAACACCCCGCAAAUGGGGCCGGGCACACCGCAGAUGGGUCCCAGUACUCCGCAAAUGGGUCCGGGCACGCCACAGAUGGGACCCGGUACACCUCAGAUGGGUCCGGGUACACCUCAGAUGGGAUCAAAUGUACCUCAAAUGGCUUCGCCGAGAAUGGCUUCGGCCCCCACGCAGAUGUCUCCGGGGACCCCCCAGAUGCCUUCGAUUAGUCAGGGAAUGUCCAUACCGAGCCCGCAACAAAUGGUGAUGCAGCAAAGAGCCAUAGCCCCUAAGCUGGAGCCACCCGACACCAUGGACGCCCGAGCUAUGUGGCUGCCAAAAAGAAUGAAUCAUUCGGCGAUACCAGUAAGUAUGUCGCCAGGCGCGACGACGCCUCUUAUCGAUGGUGCGAACACGACGUUCUUCGGCACAGAACAAACCACUACCGACACACAAAUCACACAGACUCUCCCUACUGGCACAGUUUCACCGAUAACCGGUGAGGGUACACAACAGAACGGGUUUGCUGCGACCAGUCCAGCACCGCAACCUAGUCCUCUUCAGCACCAGAGCCAACCACAGCCACCUCAGCAGCAACAACAACAACAGCAGCAGCAGGGAACGUGGACGGGUAACAACACGCUGACGUACACGCAGAGCCUGGCCCCGCCCCCCGCCGCGCCGCCCCUGCCCCUCGACGCCCCCGCACAUCACCACCACUACUUCAAUGGCAACCCCGGUGGCUUACUCUCAAGUCAACCAGCGCCCGAAUACUGGUGCUCUGUUGCGUAUUUUGAACUUGACACACAAGUAGGAGAAACAUUCAAAGUACCUUCCAGUAGACCCAAUGUUACUGUGGACGGUUACGUUGAUCCUUCAGGUGGGAACAGGUUCUGUUUAGGUGCUCUCAGUAAUGUCCACAGAACGGAACAAAGUGAACGGGCAAGACUACACAUAGGCAAAGGCGUUCAGUUAGAUUUGCGCGGUGAGGGUGACGUGUGGCUUCGAUGUUUGUCGGAUCAUUCGGUCUUCGUACAAUCAUAUUAUUUGGAUCGGGAGGCUGGCAGAGCCCCUGGGGAUGCUGUUCACAAGAUAUACCCAUCGGCUUGUAUAAAGGUGUUCGACUUGAGGCAGUGCCACCGACAGAUGCAGUCGCAGGCCGCCACCGCGCAGGCCGCCGCCGCCGCGCAGGCCGCCGCCGUCGCCGGACACAUUCAGCCGCAACACCCCACCAUGAAUAAGUGUCUAACUGCGGCCGCCGGUAUAGGAGUGGACGAUUUGCGACGCCUGUGUAUCGUGAGGCUCUCGUUUGUGAAGGGUUGGGGCCCUGAUUACCCUCGAACCUCGAUCAAGGAGACGCCUUGCUGGGUUGAAGUGCAUUUACAUAGAGCACUUCAGCUCCUCGACGAGGUACUGCACACGAUGCCCAUCGACGGUCCCCGGUCGACCAUCGAGUAGGAGUUGAUCGGCUUCUUUUGAGGCCUUCGAGCGAAUGUCGCGCAACUGUCGCGCGACUCAAAUGUGCAAGUUUGUUUCCGGACGACUUUGUGUCGCGUUCACGUGUAAAGGAAUAUAAAGUGUUGGUGUUGUGAGAUGUACAGUUUUGUGAUCGUUGAAAACCGUUUAGUGUUGGUUUAAUUUUGUUGCGUUUUUGUUUUUUUUGUGGUGUGUUACAACGGAAAUUGUAUGCAUCGUAAUGUGAAGAUUUGUACGGUUUGAGUAAAUCUCUUAAAUUACCAAGUGCAUACAUACAGCGUGUUGCAUAGCAAUAGAAAUGUCAAUUAAACAGACGCAGAGGAACGUUGAAAAGAUAAAUGUGAGUAAUACACCAUUCUGAUACAAUAAUAACAAGUUAGUUGCCAUAUUAAUUGUUGUUGAUUUAUUUAUUUUGUAUUUUUUUAUAAUUCGUUUUCGGCUUUGUCUUCCAAAAUUCGAUUAUUUUAAUUGUUUGUCUUCCUUCAAAUUUUAUUUUUAAAAUUAUUAUUUGGAAAUGUUCGAAGUAUCUGUUGGAUCAUGAAAUGGUUGAAAGUAUAAAGAUUAUAUACAUUAAAAGCUGACAGUUUAAAAAUAUAUGAAUAUAUAUUUUUUUCCAAUACUUUCGUUAUUACUAUGACACUAAAGUUCAAAAUAAAAAUAAAGGGCACAGCUUAUAUUAAAGAAAAGAGUUAUAUUGUUAUCGAAUACAAAACGGUGUAAUUAUUAUGCAUAUAAUGUAAGAAGGCUCUAGAAUGUAUUAAAUGUUAUGAAACAAACUUUGCACAGUAAAGUAGGGAUUUAUCGCUCGCGUUUAUGUAAAAAAGGUGAACUUAUAUUUAUGUCUUGUAUUUAUUUAUACUAAGUAAACAUUUUGGCUGUAUUGAUAAAUAACAUAGAAAUCAGAGAAUACAAGUAUUGAUGACCAAAAAAUAAAGUAAUUCGUGAAUUUGGGCUCAAUGGGGCUUUUGGUGGGUGGCGCAUUUACAUUGUACAUGUCCGUGGGCUCCAGUAACCACUUAACACCAGGUGGGCUGUGAGGUCGUCCACCCAUCUAAGCAAUAAAAAAAGGAGUAAUAAUAUUGCAUACAUUAAUUGUUACACAUUACUGAAAAAGUGAGUUAAUAAAUAAAUUGCCCGUAACUAAAUUGAACAAACAAUAUAUUACUGUAGUGCAACUUUAAUAAUAAUGUAGGUGAUCAGAGUUCAUAUAUUUUUCACAAGCAAAUAUAAUUUUUAUAUUAUAAAGUAGUGUAUACUGGAUUUGAGAAUGAAUAUAUUGAAGAAGCAACAAAGAAAGAUAAACAUAGAAAAAAGGAAUAAGGUUAAUAUUUUUUUACAUUUGAAAACUAGAACCGUGAUGCUUUGUAAAUACCUCAAUGAUUCAUACAUAGCUCACACUAGAAUACUAAUAAUUAUUGUAUACUACAGUAUCUAUGCUCAAAUAUUACAAACAAAUGUUGUAGAUAUUUAUUCAAAUAUUAUUGAUAUUUUUAAACUUCAAGAAGAAUUUAUUAAGGAAACCAAAAUAUUGCAUUUUUAAUAUUAGAAUACUUUUAUAACAAUUAAAUAUGACAAGACAUAAUUAUGGUUCAACUUGAAAGAAGCCAAAUAAGAAUUAGCUUUUCGUAUGGUAUAAGCUAAUUUAGGACGUAUAAUUUAUGUUUAGUGAUGUAAUGUGUCGAUUUUGGAGUGUGUUAUCGAUACGCGCGCUGAGGCAAGGCUGUAUUUUUGUUAGCGCGAUGUGCCUAGUUAGUGAAAUUGCAUGAGUCUAAUCGAUAUUCAAUUCACAUACAUAUUUUUUUAAUUGGAUUUAUAGUAAAUUGCAAUGAAUACUUUCAUAUUUAUAAUUUACUUUGUAAUAGUCAUGGUUUUUCAGAGAAAUCCACAAUAAUGGGUACUAAAAGUUCAUGCAAUUUCGCUAAAUUGUUUUUCUUUCUAUGAUCUGUGAUGUGCUAACAAAACGUGUUAGUUAUGUAUAGUUGGCGCGUAAGCGAAGAAUGGCUAUAAAUUAUUGUGUGUGCUAAGGAAAUUGAAAAGGAAUGCGUUUCGAUUUUCUCAUUGGAAAGUAAUUAUAUGCUUUUCAAUUAAUACAUUUAGGCGUUAAAUAGUUUAAGAAUAAAAUGACAUAUUUUUGUGUACGAAUCCCGCUGUAGGAUAUGUGAAAUGUUAUGAUGCAGCUAUUACACUUUCAUGUUCGGUCAAACGGAACAACACAAUAUUGUCAGAUUAAUAAAUUAGCGCUUAGAAAGAGACAUACAGAAGAAAGAGACGGAUAUAUUGAAGCAAACAACAUCAUCAUAAUAAUUAUUUGAUCCAUUUAUGCAAUGAUAUUUUUGUAUUAAAAUCGUUUGUCGUACAUUCGUCUCUUUGUUCGUUGGUUUUAAAAAAUCAAUCAAAUUAAUCUCUUAAUAGCUAUUUGUUAAUGCAACUUGAGAAAUAUUGUAACUAUACUGAGACCUUAGAACUCAUAUCUCAAGGCGGCAUUUACGUUGUAGAUGUCUAUGGGCUCCGGUAAUCACUUAACAACAGGUGGGCCGUGAGCUCGUCCACCCAUCUAGGCAAUAUAAAAAAAAGAGAUGUGAAGGAUGUGUGUGAAUAAUUUUAAUGAUAUCAUCGUCCAGUGCCUGGUGUCAGUACAGUCAUAGACCACAGGUUCUCCGGUCUUGUUGACCGUUUGCCAUAUUUUUGGGUUCCAGGUAGAGCCCCUUUAUUAAGGGACUUGAAGAUUUCGGAGGUCCGAGUUUGCCAGUUAUUAAUUUCUUGUCACGGUCGUGGUGAAUUGUUUUGUUAGUCACGAUAUUUGGCCACGUUGAGUUUCUCGUCGGAUCUUCUCAGUGGGUCGCGAUUUCGAUCCGGUGGUAGAUUCAGCAAGCCAUUGCUCUUGCUGGGGCCAGUUUUAACAAGUACUCCCAGGCUUGAGCCUCGUGAGCUCUCCUACCGAACUGUGCGUAGUUGAAAUAGUCCUUCGAGGCUACCAAUGAUUGGAUAGGAAAAAAAAGUCCACCAGUACACUUAUAGUUCUUGAGACAAAACCCGAUAACAUCAUUUUGUAGUUCGUUUUCUGAGCAUUUGGAGCAUUUUCCGUAAUCGGAUUUAUAAGACAUCCGUUUUUAAGUUUGCUUUAUCUCCCUGGUAAUUUGAUAAACUGAGACUUAGAACUCAUGUCACGAGGUGGAUGGCGUCAGUUACGUUGUUGAGGUCAAUGGGCUUCGAUAACCACUCAACACCAGAAAGGCCGUGAGCUCGUCCACCCAUACUAGCAAUAAAUAAAACUUGGUUCCGAUAAAACCUUUUUUUUUAAUUAGACAGGCCUUUUUUUUUAAUGAAUAUGAAAAGUGUUUGAAAAGGAAAUAGGGGUUGGCGGAAUUCGUGCUGUGAUGGUACAGUAACCACUUAUCCCCAAAUUAGGCAAUAAAAUGAAAGUUAUUUUAUGUAUUUUAUGCUUGUUUGGGGCACUAAGAUUGGAUAAAUUACGUUCAGUCCAUACAAGCCACUAUAUGACAUCAUACUGAACAUAUGAGAGUGUAAUACUGAAUCAAUAAAAUAUUGUAAUAUGAGAUUCUUUUCUUGUCGUUUUUUUUCUCUUUCUUUUGUAUAAGAUAUCUUUGCUUUAAUUAUUGUAAUACGUAAUUUACGUGACUGUGUGAUUUGGUCUAUGAUCCUAAUUUUUUUUUGGACGGUUGAUGUUUAUAAACAUUGUGUUUUCUAUGUUUAGUUUUAGUCUAGUUUUUGACAACAUUAACACAGUUGAGUGCAUUAAAUUCAGUGUUUCAUAUAAAAGAAUAUCUUUCGGUUCGUGUAUUAUGCAAUAAUACUAGUCAAGGUUAAGCUGGAAUGUGCUCUAUGGAUUCAUCCAGCCGCACAUUGUAAGAUGUAUCUGUCAGAAAGUGUUGUCCAUCUUUUGAUCCUUAUUUUUAUUAAGUCUGGUUAUUUUAUGUUUUUUUUUAUAGAUAAAUUAUUAAAUUUGUUGGCAACACCAACGUUUUAUAUUGCAACACUGAAAAACCAUUUAACUGUGUUCUUAGUUGUAUGAAAAGCAAAACAAGCGAGCUUUGUCUACGACAAAAUGUAAUUUAGUCUCUAAAAUUAGUCAUAUUUUUUUUUAAUUUCACUCAAAUUCACAAUAUUAUUAUUUAAAUCGAAACUGCAACAUCACAAGAACUUAUUUUGUUUCUGUUAUUUACAAUUAAUUUAUUCGAUUGGUAAUUACGUUUUAAUUUUUGGUUACCAUUUUCGAAUAUCGAUUUUUAUCGGUCAAAUGUGUUUGCGAAUUUAUAUUAUAUAUUUCAAAUAUGUAUAUAUAUAAUAUUCUGAUAAAUAUUGAAAAAAAAUUAUGAGUCGUUCUCAUCUUAGAACAAAAAAAAAAAAAACUUAGAAACAUUCGUUUAGAGUUUUUCUUAUAAGAAAAGUUUUUCAUAAAACAAAAAAAAAAGUUCAUCAAAAUACCUCUCGCAAAGUGAUCAAAGGGAUACAAAAGGGUUUUUUAUACGAUAUAAUGAAGAUAAGUGGUAAGUUUUUCCUCUUUAAAUGUUGAUGUUUUGAAAUGAGAUAAAUAUUUGACAGAUUCUAAGUAAGAUAACAGUUUUGAAAACGUUCUCAGAGUUAAACUUUUAUUAUAAAACGGUCAUAUAAUUAAACGAAAUGCGAUUCGUACUUCCGCAGCCGGUUUUUGUGUUCGCUCUUCAAUUAACGUUCUUGAGUGCUCGCGUUAAGGCGUGAUUUUGAUUGAAAACUGGUACCCCUCAAACUGAAACAAAACGAAAUGUAGAAAAAAGUGACGUAUUUUUGUUCUUCGAUAAAGGUUAAUGACAUUUUAUUAUUAAAUAGAAAUAAUCUCAUACAAGCGAACACGACGUCAUCUGCUAGAUAUGUUACAACAUCGGUUGUUGCCAAUUCAAAAAAUUCUUGAUUCAGGAUCUUUAGGCUCGGGGCCAAAAUUAAAGAGAUAUGAGCUUUCUGUCUACCUGAUUCCGGUUGGUUACCGGAGUCUAUGGACAACGUGGAAUUCACAUUGGAACGUGAUAAUUCAUUGACGGUAUACCUAAGGGGUUUUACUACCGGUUUAUUAUACUAAUUCCAAGAAUUACCCAAAUUUAUUAUUGUUUCACCGUACAACACGCUCCUGAAUGCGUACUAUAUAUCGGACCUUUAGAAUUGAAAUGGCUUAAUUGAAAAUUCUUGUUUUUUGGUAAUCCCCAAAAAUGUUUAUGAAAAAUUUUAAUUUUUUAACCGACUUCAAAAAAGGAGGAGGUUCUCAAUUCGAAUGUAUGUUUUUUUAUGUUUGUUACCUCAUGACUUUUGACUGGGUGAAUCGAUUUUGAUGAUUCUUUUUUUAUUAGCUUCCCGUGUGGUCCAGUUCUGAUAAUGGUACCCAUGAGAAAAUCAUAUAUGUAAGUCUUAAAUUUGCAUUAAGUACGUGCGCGACAAAUAGAUGAAUAACUCAAUAUCACGCCAACCGAUUUCGAUGAUUAUUGUUUUUAGCGUAUAUUAAUUUGUUUUGGAAUAUCUUUUUUUUUCUAUUUGAAGUCGGUUUUCGUUAAAGCAUGUCUGUCUAUUUACAAUUAUAAUUUUUUCGAUUUUAAUACUUUAAGCGCUUGAUUUAAAAUAGUCUGAAAGAGUACUUAUAUCCUCUCUGGAGUAAGAGAUUGGUUAAUUUUAUAAACUGAUAGAAUACCUACAUGUUUAUAAGUCGUUCCCAGUAUAAAAUUGAUUUUCUUAAAAUUUUUAGCUAAGCCACUGCAAUUCUAAAAGUUCGUUAUAUAUUUAUUUAGAAAGAUUUGGACCUGCUGUCUGUACACUUCAUGUAAAAUUUACAUUGGCGGACUUAAUGCCUAAGGCAUUCUCUACCAGUCAACCAAAGGUAGUGCUGACUAAAUAGUGGUAGGUGCAAUGAAGCUGCAUAUUAUUUGUUAUUUGUAACACAUGCAUACAUACAUACAUACAUACAAUAGUUUAUACAGUAUUAAAAGGAAUAUAUUAAUAAAUUUCCUUAACAAAUAACUUCAUCUUAAUAAGUUCAUGACGAUUCCGCUACGUUUUCCAUUUAACAUAGCAAGCUACUAAUAAAUAAGUGAAAGAAGUUAAGAAGAAAGGUUUAGCGUUUUUUUUUUUUUUUUUUUUUUUUUUAUGAUUGAAAGUUUACUGGUGGCCCGAAGGCCUUUCCAGUUUCACCAGGACAGGUGGGCGAGCAAAGGCUCAGCCAAGAGGGGUGGGAUUUGCUAACAACUGCCCGAGCGCCUCCGAAGGAGACCUAACAACUCAAGAGCAAAGGUUUAGCGUCUGUCACGGCUAGUGAAGUACGAAUGGCAUUUCCAAACAUUAUUAUAAUUGGUGUUAUGGCGAAGUAUUCCAAAGUUAAUGAAUAUGUUGUUCAGAUUAAUUGAACUUUUCCUUUUACAAAUUAUAAUAUAAAAAAAAAAUUAAACUAUUGGCGCUUUUGUAGAUCCGCGACGUGUUUCUUGUUUAAAACAAUUUGUUUGUAUUCUUCAUAGAUAUGUGAAGGUAGUUUUUUUUCACCAUGAUAUUUGAACGAAGUUCCUUAUCGCGCGUUGUGAAAGGGGGCUAGACGGAAAAAAUUAUUACGAAAAGUUGUCACGACACUUUUUAGAUCCGUCAUUCUGACCAAUCAACGUGUAGGCGCUUAUCGCGUGACAUUGCUCGUAUCCGAUUGGUCCGCGUAAUGAGUACAGUUUCUCGAGAUAGCGUUUCAACAAUAGUAAUUUAGUUCAUAGUAUUGUUUUUUUCUUCUUCAUAAUGCCGUAAUUUCUUAUUAUAACUUUAAAAAAAAAAUUACAAUUCCUUCACUAAUUAAUCGAAAGGAACUUCGUUCCAUCCGGGUGUUCCUUGACACCUCUGAAGUUUUUUUUUUAGCUUCAAUUUUGGGUCAUUAGAAUGUAACGUGAAACCAUAUAUUUGUUGUGUCAAUUAUUAUUUAUGGAUCGAUUGGAUGAAAUACGUCCAAAUGGAAAAAAAUAUGAUUUUAAUUAAUUUAGAAUAUUGAAACUAGGUUCUGCGUUAUCGAUAUGAUUAAAAUCAUUUACGACAUUAAUUUACUGAGAAUACUUGCUCGCCACCUGUAGUACAUCGACGACUCUGUACCAGAAACCUUCAAUUGUCAUUAGAUAAAGAUAAAUACCCUUCAUUAACCACAUUAAUUCAUAUAUAGGUGCAUACUAUUAAUAUAAUUUUUCUAAGCAUUUGACAUCGGCAAAGAUUGUUUUGCUUUCGCAUUGGCAUUAACAAUGCAUAAAUAAAAAAAGUUCUUAACCCUUGUACGAAUUGGGUACAGAUUGAAUUCUGUAUAAAUGAUUAAUACGAUUGGACAAUAAUGACGACUUGUUGUCGGGGAAAUAAAUCGUCUUCUCGCAUUAAAACUGUAUAAUCUCAAAACUUACUAAUUUUACAGGAGAGUGCUUUGAAGGCUUAACAUAUUAUGAUAUUUUCAAUAGUCAUCAUCUUUGAUACUUUUAUUUUUUACCAGUUACAUUAUCUGUCUAUUAAAGUAAGAUAAAAUAAUGUAUUAAUUUUGUUAAUAGUAGUCAAAACAUAGGUAAACUAAAACUACGCUCUUUUGACAGUAUUUGUGAGAAAAAUACUGGUGAUACCAAAUGAUUCCGUAUAUUAACUCAAUUUCGAAUAUUUUAGGAUUUUGUAUACUUUUAAUGCGAAAAGACGAUUAUGUUUAUGUUGGUGCCAGAUGUAGUGUGUAGGAGUGGGUAAUAUCGGUUUUGCCGCGUAUCGAAUCGUAUCUAUAUAUCGAGGAUCAAUAUCGGAUAUUGAAUCUAUAUAUUUUCUGAAUCUAUAUAUUGAUGGAUGCUAGUAGAUUUUCUCGAUUCAUGAUAUUUGAGAUUUGAAACGAUACGCUGAUAUAAUAUCGUAGUAGAUAUAGAUUUAAGUCAACGUUAUACGGUUGGUUUUCUGAUAUCAAUUUAUAAUAUGAUCUUAAAGUAAUAAAAAGAACAUGAAAAUAAAAAUAUCAAAAAAACUUUCCUUCAUGCUUUUAUCAGGCUUAGGACUGGCUACAUUAUUUUCAGUUUUUAGUAUUUUGUGUCUUAAUUUAAAAUUACAAAAUAUACCAAAAGAGUGUAGAUUUCAAAGGUUUAAUACAAACAUAAGAAAUAAACUCAAUUAUUUGGAUUCAACUAAAAAUAGAAAAAUGUGUACUUUAAAAAUCAAACACAAAACACUUUUAAGUAUUUAUAAACACUUGUCCAAAAAUUAUAGUUCAAGGUCAAAGCGCGUGAAAUUAAAUUCAACGAUGCAAAUAGGCUAUACUGCAUUCAAGUUAGGGUCGAAAGUUGAAACUUCUUUCCUUAAUUGUAUCCUGCUGAUACGCUAAGAAUAAUCUACAGACAUAUGGACUUAAAUAUAAGGUUUACAAUUGUAUGGAUAAUGCCUGUUUCUGCUUCAUUCAUCACAUGAUAUCCCUAUCGUGCGCUCACUCACUCUGGCCGAUUCGAUACGAACCAAACGAAUAUUGCUGAUAUUAACGAAUCGGUACGAUAUGCCGAUGCGCAUCACAUCGAGCGAUAUCGUGUAUCGGCUGAUAUCGAAAUAUAGAUUUCGAUUCACGAAUCGGUACGAUAUGGCGAUGCGCAUCACAUCGAGCAAUAUCGUGUAUCGGCUGAUAUCGAUAUAUAGAUUUCGUGCGGGGCGAUAUCGGAUUCAACGAUAUUGCUGCGAUAUAUAGAUAUUGAAUCUAUAUACGAUUUAUAUCACCCACUCCUAGUAGUGUGUGAGGUGAAAGUCAUCUUUUCGAUUCAGCCUUCCUAUUAGACUAACGCAUCAGCUAUGGAUUCGUUGCUUAUUAUUAACAAUUUUUUUUUUAUAUUUGCGAGUUUAUAUUUGGUAGGCAGCGGCUUGGCUCUGCCACUGGCAUUGUUGACGUCCAUGAGCGACGGUGACCACUUACCAUCAGGUGGGCCGUAUGCUCGUCUGCCUACAAAGGCAGUAAAAAAAUAAUAAUUAAACAACAAAUAUACGGUUUCACAGAAAUGUACUUACGUCAUAUGUGUGUGCGUGUGUGUGUUUUCCCCCGGAACUUUCAGUAAUUACGUAAGCACAACAAUGGACGACCAAGACCUCGUCUUUGUUGUGCUAAACCGUGUUGGUUCAACGCAGUCCUCGCGCGUGUCUCUUGUGGAUCGGCCAUUUUUGAAGCAUUUCGUUGUUUUUGUAUUAUGAACGUGAUUUUGAGGUGGUUAAAUGUACGUUGUGGAUUAGCGAAUGUUUUUAUUUAGCCAUUUAAGCGAGCAAUAGUUAAGGACGAAAUUAUGAAACAGAAAUGAAUAUAAAGGUUAUUCCUCU